GCAGCCGCGAGCCCCUGGGCCGGGCGGCGAGGCGGCGCGGCCGCCCCGCGGGCCCAGGAGAUGGCGGCAUGCUCCCCGGCGAACGCAGCGGCUACCCGUGAAUGAAGUCCCGGAGGCCACGCCAGCUUCCGCGCCGAUGCGCCGGGCGCUGAGCCUGCUGGCGACGCUGCUGCCGCUGCCGGGCCUGCCCGCGGUGCCCGUCGCCGCGUCCUCGGCGCCCGCGCCUCGCGCGCUGGCGGCGGCGGGCGAGGAGCGGUCAUCUACAUGGCUCUGGGCUCCGGUCGAGGCGGGCGGCCAGCGCCCAGCACGGCGUCAGGGGCACACCGCGGUGGACGUCGGCCACCAGGUGUACAUCUUCGGUGGGUGCGACCAGGACACGCAGUGCUACAAUGACCUGCACGUCUUGGACACCGACACGAUUCAGUGGCGACAGCAGCUGCAGGGCGAUGGCGCUCCCCUGCCGCGCAGCGGACACUCCGCUGUGCUGAUGGGCGGUGGCAUCGUCAUCUUCGGCGGCGCCAACACCGAGGAG